UGACCUACAGGGUGACCUAUGGGACCCCUCCAGAGUCUCCCCCAUAUAAACCCUGGGUGGAGCUAGUUCAGUCUCUUAGUCCAAGUCUUUGCUGAGUACAAUGAGGUCAAGUCCCGAGAGAGUGUCUGGUGUCCUGAGGAGGCCUGAAGCCGACCACACAGCCAGGCAUCCAAAAGUCCACUACCCCACAGGGGAACGUCAAAACCUGGACAUGAGGACGGUCGCCCUGAGGUGGAAACACGAUAUGGCAAGCUGAGGGGAAAGACAAUGUCCGUGAAGGGAACAGACAGGACUGUCCAUGCCUUCUAUGGAGUCCCCUUCGCCAAACCUCCAGUUGGUUCACUGAGAUUUGCAGCCCCAGAACCCCCCAAGGCAUGGACCUCAACCAGGGAGGCCUCAGAAUAUGGUCCAAUGUGUCUGCAGGAUGGUGAAAUGAUGGAAAAGUCAUUAAAAAUUAUCAAAUUCAAUGUUACUUUAUCCCAACUGUCUGAGGACUGUCUAUACAUGAACAUCUACACGCCGGCAGAUCGAGAGGAGGGGAAGAAGAUGCCUGUCAUGAUGUUCAUACAUGGAGGAGGUCUGAUGAUGGGAUCAGCCCCGAUGUUCGAUGGAUCUGCAUUGAGUGCCUAUGAAAAUGUUGUAGUUGUCUCCACCCAGUACCGUCUGGGGGUCCUCGGAUUUUUUAGCUCUGAUGAUCACGAAGUUCCUGAAAACAAGGGCUUAAUGGAUCAGCUUACCCGCACUAAAGAUAACAAAGUUCCUGAAAACAAUGGCUUAAUGGAUCAGCUUGCCGCUCUUCGGUGGAUUAAAGAGAACAUUGAAGUUUUUGGAGGUGACCCCAAAUCUGUGACUCCAUUUGGGGAGUCUGCAGGGGGAAUCAGUGUCUCUGCCAUGGUUGCGUCUCCAUUAGCCAAGGACUUAAUCCACAGAGGUAUCGCUGAGAGCGGUGUAGCCUUAGUGCCAGGUUUCGUGGCCACGUCUACAGAAGAAGUUGGAAUUAUCAGAAAUGUUGUGGCCAACAUUUCGGGCUGCCAUACAGAAGCACUUUUGGACUGUCUGAGGGCAAAAUCUGAAGAAGAAAUUAUGUCUAUCUCCGCUGCUAUGAAAUUUAGUGCUGUGCCUGCAAGCAUCGACGGGGUGUACUUCCCUAAACCUGUGGAGCAGAUUAUGGCCGCUAAAGAGGUGAACAGUGUCCCCUUCAUGACUGGAGUCAACAACCAAGAGUUUGGAUGGAUCGGCCCAACGGCUUUGAACAUCCCAGGAUUCCAAGAAGGAAUGGAAAGAAAGACAGUGGAAGAAAUACUAAAGAACUUCCCCCUACUGAGUUCAUUCUCCAGUGCCUCCUACCUCCUGAUGAACGAGUAUAUCGGAGAUAAGACCGAUCCCGCUGAAAUCCGGAACAGCUUUGUAGAUCUAGUUGGAGACCUCAUGUUUGUCAUUCCGGCACUGAAAACAGCCAAAUAUCACAGAGAUUCCGGCAACCCCACCUACUUCUACGAGUUCCAGCACCGUCCCUCCAUCUUUAAGGAUGUUAGGCCCGACUUUGUGAAGGCCGAUCACGCGGAUGAGAUGUUCUUUGUGAUGGGAGGUCCCUUUUUAGAGGGCAACCUUCUGCCCUCAGAAGCCUUCAGUGAAGAAGAAAAGAUUCUGAGUAAGACUGUUAUGAAGUAUUGGGCCAACUUUGCCCGCACUGGUAAUCCCAAUGGGCCAGGUCUGGUGUAUUGGCCACCGUAUGACCAAGAUGAAGGUUACUUGGAGAUUAACUUGAAGCAGAAGGCUGCAAAACACCUGAAGACUGAAAAGUAUGAAUUCUGGACCAAGGUGCUUCCUCAGAAGAUGCUACAGGAAAAGCAGGAGCUAUAGUUGGUCUCCAAAAGAGUUUACUCAACAACAUUCUGUCUGGACCCCAUAAUACAGGUUAUAUAUAUAUAAUUGAUCCAUGUUACGCUGUACAGCUCUAGAUUCGGGUCUGUACUAUGUGGAUGAGUGAAUAAGUGGCCCUCCCAG